CCGCCUCUGCCGGAGGAGCCGCGGGGCCGCCACACUCGCCCCCCGCCCCCCCCCCCGCGCUCACUCGCACUCACACCCGGGCGCAGGAGGCGGGCGGCCCGGGCCCCACUGGCCCCCCAUGGACGCCCCCGUAACGGGGCGCUGAGACCCUGCGUCGUUGCCCAGCCGGGUCCAGCGCGCCACGCCGAGGGACCUCUGGACAGGACAAGACUCUGAAGCUACUUCCCCAGCCCAGGAUCCCCCUGGACUCAGCUUGCCCCCCAGCCCUACCACCUGCCACCUCCUGGCCCCUCUCACCGCCCGCCCCCUUGGGGCACAGGGCAUGGUGUGAAAGGCCAAGUGCUGAGGCGAGCACCAUGGGUGCUGUGCCCUAGGGCCUGGGUGGCAGGGGGUGGGCAGCCCGUGGGCGUGCUGGGGGGGCCAGUGUGCCCACCCCAAUCUCUUGGCGUGCUGGAGGGCAUCCUGGAUGGAAUUGAAGUGAAUGGAACAGAAGCCAAGCAAGGUGGAGUGUGGGUCAGACCCAGAGGAGAACAGUGCCAGGUCACCAGAUGGAAAGCGAAAAAGAAAGAACGGCCAAUGUUCCCUGAAAACCAGCAUGUCAGGGUAUAUCCCUAGUUACCUGGACAAAGACGAGCAGUGUGUCGUGUGUGGGGACAAGGCAACUGGUUAUCACUACCGCUGCAUCACUUGUGAGGGCUGCAAGGGCUUCUUUCGCCGCACAAUCCAGAAGAACCUCCAUCCCACCUACUCCUGCAAAUAUGACAGCUGCUGUGUCAUCGACAAGAUCACCCGCAAUCAGUGCCAGCUGUGCCGCUUCAAGAAGUGCAUUGCCGUGGGCAUGGCCAUGGACUUGGUUCUAGAUGACUCGAAGCGAGUGGCCAAGCGCAAACUGAUUGAGCAGAACCGGGAGCGGAGACGUAAGGAGGAGAUGAUCCGAUCACUGCAGCAGCGACCAGAACCCACUCCCGAAGAGUGGGACCUGAUCCAUGUUGCCACGGAGGCCCAUCGCAGCACAAAUGCCCAGGGCAGCCACUGGAAGCAGAGGCGGAAAUUCCUGCCGGAUGACAUUGGCCAAUCACCCAUCGUCUCCAUGCCUGACGGAGACAAGGUGGACCUAGAGGCCUUCAGCGAGUUUACCAAGAUCAUCACCCCAGCCAUCACUCGUGUGGUGGACUUUGCCAAAAAACUGCCCAUGUUCUCCGAGCUGCCUUGCGAAGACCAGAUCAUCCUCCUGAAGGGGUGCUGCAUGGAGAUCAUGUCCCUGCGGGCGGCUGUCCGCUAUGACCCAGAGAGUGACACCCUGACGCUGAGUGGGGAGAUGGCUGUCAAGCGGGAGCAGCUCAAGAAUGGCGGCCUGGGCGUAGUCUCUGACGCUAUCUUUGAACUGGGCAAGUCACUCUCUGCCUUUAACUUGGAUGACACGGAAGUGGCUCUGCUGCAGGCUGUGCUGCUAAUGUCAACAGACCGCUCGGGCCUGCUGUGUGUGGACAAGAUCGAGAAGAGUCAGGAGGCGUACCUACUGGCGUUCGAGCACUACGUCAACCACCGCAAACACAACAUUCCGCACUUCUGGCCCAAGCUGCUGAUGAAGGUGACUGACCUCCGCAUGAUCGGGGCCUGCCACGCCAGCCGCUUCCUCCACAUGAAAGUCGAGUGCCCCACCGAACUCUUCCCCCCACUCUUCCUCGAGGUCUUUGAGGAUCAGGAAGUCUAAAGCCUCAGGCGGCCAGAGGGUGUGCGGAGCUGGUGGGGAGGAGUCUGGAGAGAAGGGGCAGAGCUGGGGGCUCAGGGAGGCCCCCCACACCUCUUCUCUCCUUCCUCUCACCCUCGGAUAGAUUCAGCUCCCACUCACAUCCCUGCACUGCCCCAUCCCUCCUCAGAACCUCCAGCCCUGGGACAGGGCACACGAAUGAACUUGCUAUGGAAAGGACAGUGUGGGAGGCUGGGGACCGUGCCCAGCAGUCCCCAGGAGCCUGUCUCUGAGAAGGUAGGGGAAGGGAGGAGAUCUAAGAGGGGAUAAGCCAUCUCGACCAUAGGGGUCAGAGGGAUGUGGAGCAGGGGAAGAUGCCCCCAACUCACCCCCUGCCCACACACAAGAGAGAGCCCCCACUCCCUGUCCAGUUCCUGGCCUGGGCUCCCCCUCCAGGCUAAGGGCCUCUGCUUCCCCAGUUCCUAGAUGCAAAGAAGGGCCUGGCUUGGCUCCUCCCCUGGAGGUUAAAAAUUAUAGUCAUUCUUAACUGCACUUUGGAAACCAAGCAAGGGGAGAUUAAUGAAGAAAAACUAGACAGAGAGAAAAAAGAAAAAAAGAGAGCGUGAGCGACUGAUAAAGAGAGAUAUUAAGUUAUUAACAAGGCUGGCCCCUACCACCCCCAAGCACUUUGAGAGCUGCCUCUCCUCCCCCCAAAUCAGAAAACUGCCCCAAUCCCCAGUCCCCAAGGGUAGGGCUGCCGAUCAGAGCUGUGAGUUAAUACAACAGGGUCCUGGCCACCUCCCUUGCCUUGCCCCCCACACCGUGCCCCUUUGGCACCCCCACCCCCCUACUCCCUCUGCUCUCUGCCACUCGUGCCCGCUGAGUUCCAUCUACCUCUCACGCUGGAUGCCAGCUGGCCCCUCAGCAGCCUGCCCUGCUGCCCGCACAGCUCCCCUUUCAAGUGCCCAGGCCCAGGGGCCUCUCCUUGCCCUCCACUCCUUCUGCACCUUGGCACCCACACAGGAAAAACUGUGGCUCAAGCUCCCGCCUUCCUCACGCCUGCAGUAUUAGCUACAAUCCAGAUGCUGUUGCACUGGGGAGGAGUUGGGGGUGUGUGUGCACGGGAGCUUCUCCCAGAGCCUCCACCUCCUUAGGACCCUGUCUCCCGUCUGUCUUCUGGGCUCUCUCUAACCUCUGCCCUCUCCCCUCCCCACUCCACUCAAUGCACUAACCCAGAGUCUGGGCAGGUAGGCACCAGAAUGGGGGUGCUUAGAUAAAUGGCACUUAGCUGGGGCCCCGGGGGAGGGGGUGGUUGGUGCUCCUCCUUUUUCCUUUGAAGCUCUUUAGGCCAGCCGCCUGUUUGCCCCUGGGACCCCUCGCCCCUCUUUUCUCUAAUUCAGGGACUUUGGCUUGAGUCAUCUCCCACCCUCCUGGUGAGGAGUGCUCUGUUGGUCUGCACUUGGGUGAGCUGUCCUCCUCCUCCCCCUUUGGCUAUCGCCCACUCUGUAGGGGAGAGAGGGAGGGAGGAGGUAGCCCUGCCAUGGGUAGGGGAGGUGAGGGUGGGGAGGGACAGCAGACCAGAGGGCCCUAGGCUCAGGGCUGCAUGUCGGCAGGGAUGGAUGGGUGGACAUAGAUGCCCCCGGAAGCCAUGAGGAAUGGGGUGGGGGGAAGGGGCGCCAGGGCUUCCUGCGCUUUGCACUAUUGGGGCAAAAAUGUCUUAAGCAGUGGGGAACCUGCCACCCUGACCCUCAGCCUGUCACAGCCCCCUACCUAUACAUACACACACACACACACACACGCACGGGAAGGCAAUGCUGUGCUGCCCAUCAGGGCAUGUCCUCCCCCCACUGUUCAGGUGUUCUGAUGGGUGGGGGGGGCCUCGAAGAGCACCUGCUGUCACCUAUGCAUGUGCUGCCCUGCCCCCCUUGGGGUUGUGGGCUCCUGUGCUGUCUGUCUCUAUCCUCUCUCUCUCCCCUGGGGUACUGAUUCUUUUAUUUCUCCAGUCCCAUGGCUAAGCCCUCUUGUACCCUUCUCCCACCCCUGAGGGCCCAUUGGAAUUCCUGACCUGUCUGCUGUCUCCCCAUCCCUCCUUCCUUCCAUCCCUCCAUCCCCAUUCUCAGCCAAGGCAGUGGUGGAGAAAAGGCCUUCCAGAGGCUCAGCCUCUUACAGGCACUUGGGAACUCCUGUCUGCCUCCCCAGUCAUAUGAGCUGUGAUCCCCCAGUCCUCCCCCUGACACCUGACCCUAUCCUCCCUCCCUCCGUGAUGUGGGGUGUAAGUGUGUGUUUCUCUGCUAGAAUGUGUGAGCAAGUCCACGUGGUGGGGGAGGAGCCAGGAGGACUCAGGAGUGCCACGCACCUGCUCUAGAGAGGCAGCUGUCCCAGUCCUGCUUUGGAAAUGAGGGACAGGGCCCUCUCCUGGGGGCCAUUGGUGCUAAUGAGGGGGAUGGCCUUGAUGUGGGUGCUGAGUAUGCCUUCCCCAGGAUUGGCCCAGGGCACUAGGGCAGGCAGGGUGGGGCAGAAGGUGCAGUAUUGGUGGGAGGAGGGGCUGCUGGGAAUAGGCUGAGGGGGCCAGGCCAGGACAAGGGGGUGCCAGAGCCAUGACCACUACCCCACCCCCACCCCCCACCUCUCCAUCUCAGUAUUCCCCCUCCCAUCACUCAUAACACACAUACCUCAUCCAGCCUCCUCCUUGCUCAGACUUGGGGAGGGUGGGGGUGGAGAAGCCCCUACCCCUUCCCCUGGUGGCAGGUCUGCAGGGCUGGGAGAGGGCAGGGCGUGUGACACAGACACCGUCCAUAAAGGGGACAGUAAUUCCUGUCCUGGGAAUUCCUGUGUGGGGAGAGGGGGACACUCCCUGGAGGCGCUACUGAAUGUAUGAGAAGCUGGUGCUGGGGUGGGGGGUGGGGGGUUGUGGUCAGAAACAGGGAAGGAGGUAGGUCCCUUUCCCAGGGAGUGGUGGGGCCAGUAGGGGUGAUUUGGGGGGGUCUCCUACUCCUGCCCCACGUUGACAAUCAGUAUGUCUGUUAUGUGCGAUUUUUCACCCCGUUGUGUUUUGGGUCAGGAUUUUAAAGAAAGAUAUUUUUAUGGUAAUUGUUGCUCGUCUAUUUUACUAUAUAUUUAUGUAAUAAAUAUAUGAUGAAAAUAA